AUGCAGUCCUCGAUCCAGAGCAUCACCCACAACCUGCCCGCCUUUAUCCAGCGCCCUGCCAUCGCGCUCCUCGGCCAGGAAUGCUACACCACCCUCGUCUACAACGUCGACCUCUCGUCGAGCCACUGCAUCAAGCUCGCAAUCUCAAAGGCACUCGGCACCGGCAUCAUCGUCUUCGGAAGCAUCAUGAAGAUCCCACAGAUCCUCAACAUCGUCAAAGCCAGGAGCGCACGCGGCAUCAGCCUCACCAUGUACUCGCUCGAGGUCGUCGCCUACACCAUCAGCCUCGCCUACGCCGUACGCGGCAGGCUCCCCUUUAGUACCUACGGUGAAAACCUCUCCCUCACCUUCCAGAACAUGGUCAUCACCCUCCUCGUCAUCGCCUAUACGCCCCUGACGGCCGGAGGCUACGUCGACCCAUCGAGCCGACUCAUCCAGGUCCUGCUAGCCGCCAUCGCCAUGGCGUUUGGCUCGCUCGCCCUCGCCUCGCCCUCGGUCGUCUCGUCGUCGCUCCUCACCCUCCUCCAGGCCACGACCAUCCCCAUCUCGCUCGCGUCAAAGGUGCCCCAGAUGCUCGAGCUGCACCGCUCAAAGUCGCGCGGACAGCUCAGCUCCAUUGUCGUCUUUGCACAGCUCCUCGGCACCGUCGCCCGCGUCUUUACCACCAUGACCGAGACCGACGACAAGCUUCUCCUUUACGGAUUCGGACUGGCAACCGUGUUCAACGCCGUCAUUGCCGCCCAGGUCCUCAUGUACUGGAACAACGACCAGCCCCCGCUCGCGGCACAGGAAAAGCUCGACCGACAACGCUACCCCGCCGGAAAGCCCACGGGCAACGCCCACCCCAUCUCGGUCGCAGCCCACGGCGAGACCAACCGCAGGUCAGCACGGAAGCUCGACUAG